AUGGAUAACCUUACAAGCGAUUCCUUGCAAAAUAUGAAUACUCAGAUAGAUUGGACUCCUCAAGUUGAUAUGGAAUUUGAUACUCUAGAGGAUGCAUGGAAGCACUGGAAAAAUUAUGGAAAGCAAAUAGGCUUUGGUGUGAGAAAAAAAUUUAUAAAUAAAAGUAAGUUGGAUGGAAAAGUAACAUCGAGAGGAUUUGUUUGUUGUAAGGAAGGUGUUCGAGGAGUAGACAAGCGGGAUUAUCUUUACACUAGUUGUCGAGAUGAAAUAAAGACUAACUGUCAUGCACGAUUGUAUCUUACACUAUUACGAGAGACUGGAAAGUACAAGGUUUAUGAUUUUGUAGCUGAACAUAAUCAUAUUCUGCAUCUUCAAGAAACUGUUCAUAUGAUGAGGUCGCAUCGAGAAAUGUCAGAAGUUCAAGCAUUUGCAAUUGAUUUGGCAUGUGCUUCUGGAAUCACACCUAAAGCAACCCAUGCGUUGAUGAGUAGAGAGGCUGGUGGGAGAGCAAAUCUUGGGUAUACUGAGCUUGAUCAAAAAAAUUAUCUUCGAACAAGACGGCAAAAGAAUUUAAUAUAUGGUGAAGCUGGCUGCUUAUUAAGGUACUUUCAAGAACAAAGUGUUAAAAAUCCAUCGUUUCAAUAUGCAGUCCAGUUAGAUAGUGAGGAACAAAUAACUAAUAUUUUUUGGGUUGAUGCUAGAAUGAUAAUUGACUAUGCCUAUUUUGGUGAUGUUAUAACUUUUGACACUACAUAUGGCACGAAUAAAGAAUUGAGACCUCUAGGUGUCUUUACUGGUUUUAAUCACCAUAGGGGAGUAGUGAUUUUUGGGGCUGCACUUUUAUAUGAUGAAACAACAGAGUCAUUUCAAUGGCUUUUUGAAAGUUUUUUAAAUGCACAUGCGGGUAAAAAACCCCAAACGAUCUUUACAGAUCAAGAUGCUGCAAUGGCAAAGGCAUUACUUGAGGUGAUGCCAGACACAUGGCAUGGAUUAUGUACUUGGCAUAUAAUGCAAAAUGGCAUCAAACAUUUGGGAAAUUCGAUGAAGGAUGGUUCUCAUUUACUACGGGACUUCAAAUCUUGUAUGUUUGAUUAUGAGGAUGAGAUUGAGUUUGAAAAUGCUUGGGAAAAAAUGAUUCAAACAUAUAACGGUGGGUCAGUUAGUUGGUUGGACAGUAUAUACAAAUUGAAAACAAAAUGGGCUAGGUGUCACAUGAAGAAUGCAUUUACUUUGGGAAUGCGAAGUACUCAACUUAGUGAAAGCUUGAAUGGGGACUUGAAAGCUUACUUAAAAUCAGAUUUGGGUAUAGUGGAAUUUUUUCAACAUUUUGAGCGGGUUGUGGAGCAAAAGCGAUAUAAGGAAUUGGAGGCUGAAUAUAAUGCUCGGCAAAAAUUGCCAACAUUGGGGUUGAAGAAUUCCCCUUUGUUGAGGCAGGCAGCACAAAUGUAUACUCCUAUGAUAUUUAAAAAUUUUCAUGAUGAGUAUGACUAUGCAUCAGCAGCGAUAAUAAAACAUCGCAAUGAGAGUCAGUUAGUGCAUGAAUAUAUUGUUGGGCUUUAUGAUGAAGAUCAAGAGUAUAAAGUACGUUGUGACCGUGACAACAAAAUAAUCUCAUGUAGUUGCAUGAAGUUCGAAACAUUUGGAAUUCUCUGUUGCCAUGCUUUAAAAGUUUUUGACUUGCUUGAUAUUAAGAUAAUUCCUGAUACGUACAUUUUAAAGAGGUGGACAAGAGAAGCAAAGAGUGGACAUAUCUUAAAUACUAAGACAGAUAAUGUGCAAGAGGAUGUGAAUUUAAUUGUUACACAACGAUAUAGAAAAUUGUGUCCAAGGGCGGUGAAAUUAGUUACUGAAUCAGCUGACAAUGAAGAGGCAUACGCCUUUGUAGAGAGAAUGAUGGAGGAAAUGGAAAAGCAUGUUCAAAAUAUAAAAAAAUGUUCAAGUACUACUCCUGAUAAUGAAGCUCAUGUGUCAUUGUCAAAUGGCAAUGAAACUAUGGAUCAUACCCCAAUUAUUGAUAAUUUACUUGAAAAAGUCAAAGGAUUAAAGAAGAAGGAAGGUCGGAAGGGUGGAAAACGUUUUAGAAGUUGGGUUGAGAAGCAAGCAAAGACGAAAAGAAAAAUUACAGGAAAGGAUAACAUGGGAAAAAAUUUAUCUCAGGGCAUUAAUUGUUCUCUCAACAUUCAAGAUAGUAACUUUGACUUGAAUGCAGAAUGUUAUUCUCGUCAGCGAAUUGAUCAAGUGCCUGAUUCAAUACCAAGGAUAAUAUUUGAAGAACCAUUUGACCAUAGAUGUGAAACCGGUUUCAUUGAAUAUCUACCGGUACCAUAUGAUAAAAGUUCACUGCCCGCAUCUUCUCAAGUAUCAAAGAAUGGGUACAUCAGUCAGGUAACUGAUGGAUUCAAUUUUACAACACCUCUUGCUGAUACAACAAAUAUAAAUACGAAUUUCAGGAAUUAUCUUGGACAUUGA